AUGCAAAUACAAGUUCCGGUAGGAGGGCGAGUGCCCACAUGGUUCUCUCGUCGGAGACUCCUUGAAGAGAAACUCAGCCACCUCCACAAGUGCACCAACCUCAACCAUGUUAACCAAAUCCACGCCCAAAUUCUCAAAGCCAAUCUCCACCACGACCUCUUCGUCGCUCCCAAACUCAUCGCUGCCUUGUCCCUCUGCCGCCACCUUGCCGCCGCCGUCAACGUCUUCAACCAGCUCCCCCACCCUAACGUCCACCUCUACAACACCAUCAUCAGAGCCCACGCUCAUAACCACUCACACCCAUCUCUUCCCUUCAACACUUUCCUCCAAAUGCAGAAAAACGGUCUCUUUCCUGAUAACUUCACCUACCCUUUUCUCCUUAAGGCUUGUACUGACACUUCGUCGCUUCCCUUGGUCCGAAUGAUCCAUGCCCAUGUCGAAAAAUUCGGUUUUUACGCGGAUAUCUUCGUGCCCAAUUCGCUCAUUGAUUCGUACUCCAGGUGUGGGAGUGUCGGGCUUGAUGGGGCCAUGAGCUUGUUUUUGGCCAUGGAGGAAAGGGACGUAGUCACUUGGAACACCAUGAUUGCUGGGUUGGUCAGAUGUGGUGAAUUGGAGAGUGCGUGCAAGCUGUUUGAUGAAAUGCCUGAGAGGGAUAUGGUUAGUUGGAACACGAUGUUGGAUGGGUACACCAAGGCGGGGGAGAUGGAUAAGGCGUAUGACCUGUUUGAGAGAAUGCCUGAGAGGAAUAUUGUUUCAUGGUCGACUAUGGUUUGUGGGUAUAUUAAGGCUGGUGAGAUGGAUAUGGCGAGGGUGUUGUUUGAUAGGUGCCCGGCAAAGAAUGUGGUGCUUUGGACGACGAUAAUAGCGGGGUAUGCCGAGAAGGGGCUUGCGAGGGAGGCGACUGAGUUGUAUGAGAAAAUGGAGGAGAUUGGGUUGAGGCCCGAUGAUGGGUUUUUGUUUAGUAUUUUGGCGGCCUGUGCUGAGUCUGGAAUGCUUGAGUUGGGGAGGAGAAUUCAUGCGUCUGUGAAGAAGUGGAGGUUUAGAUGUGGCACCAAGGUGUUGAAUGCAUUUAUUGAUAUGUACGCUAAGUGUGGUUGUUUGGGUGCUGCGUCUGAUGUCUUUAGUGGAAUGAUGGCGAAGAAAGAUGUGGUGUCCUGGAAUUCCAUGAUCCAGGGGUUUGCCAUGCAUGGACAUGGUGAGAAAGCGCUUGAGCUUUUCUCUAGAAUGGUAGACGAAGGUUUUGAGCCAGAUACAUGUACAUUUGUUGGCCUUUUAUGUGCUUGCACCCAUGCAGGACUUGUUAACGAAGGGCGUAAAUAUUUUUAUUCAAUGGAGAAAGUGUACGGGAUCGUUCCUCAAAUUGCGCAUUAUGGUUGUAUGAUGGACCUUCUUGGACGUGGGGGACACCUAAAAGAAGCUUUCAUGCUUCUGCGCAGCAUGUCUAUGGAACCAAACGCCAUUAUAUUGGGUACUCUUUUGAAUGCUUGUCGGAUGCACAAUGAUGUAGAUCUUGCACGAGCUGUGUGUGAGCAACUGUUUAAGUUGGAGCCAUCAGAUGCUGGGAAUUACUCCCUUCUGUCAAAUAUUUAUGCUCAAGCAGGAGAUUGGAUGAAUGUGGCCAAUGUAAGGUUACAAAUGAAGAAUACAGGAAGCCAAAAGUCUUCUGGGGCUAGUUCCAUAGAGGUAGAAGACGAAGUGCAUGAAUUUACUGUACUCGAUCAGUCACACCCUAAAUCAGAUGAUAUAUAUAGGAUGAUUGACAGAUUGGUACAGGACCUCCAGCAGGAUGAAUUUGUUCCAAUGGUCCAUCAGUAG